AUGACUACUACAUCUAUCUUUGAAAUGGAAUCAAUGAUUCGAGGAUACCAUGUCUACCAAGCUGUAUGGCAUCCACAUAUUGGAGAAGAGUUAUGUUGUGCUACAGAGCAUGCAAAUGUACGCGAUCGGUACGCUGUUGCUGUGAGGAAAUCAAGCCUUACUAUAGGCCACAUCCCAAGGAAGAUCUCUACCCUCUGCUCCCUAUUUUUGCAGCGCGGUGGUACUAUCACAUGCCAGGUAACAAGCUUGAGACGCUACUCAAGCGAUUUAGUACAAGGUGGAUUGGAGAUACCCUGUGUCUUGAAGUUUGAAGGUGAUAUCAAACUUGUAAACAAAGUUAUAAAAUUGGCCAAAAUUCACAAUAAAUCCGACUGUACAGCGGUAGACAGUAAUGCUGAGGAACUGCCAACAAUUAAAGAAGAGAGUGAUGAUACUGACGAAGAACUGCCAGUAAACAAAAAAGUAUGCACAGUGAAUGGAGUAAACAUUGCUGACCUUACCGAAAUCAUCAGCGAAGGAGGACAACUAACAGAUUUACACAUGGAGUAUGCACAAAAGUUACUCAAGAAACAAUUCCCACACAUCAAUGGCCUGCAGCCAACAGUGUGUCUUACGAGAACAACAUGUAACGACGGUCCAAAGAAGACACUAUCGUCAAACCAACUUCAAAUUGUCCACACCCGUGGAAAUCAUUGGAUAGUGGUGUCAGCCAUUGACUGUGAAGAAGGAGUUGUGAAUGUAUAUGAUUCUCUUUAUGAAACAAUUGUUGGUGCUACAAGGGAAAUAAUUUUAAAUAUCUUUCAAGCAUCGCUCAUUAAUAUGGUGGAAUCCCAAAAGCAAGAAGGUGUAGUUGACUGUGGACUUUUUGCGAUAGCUAACGCUACCAGCCUUGCCUAUGGGACUAAUCCAGGAUCCUAUGUACAGUCAUUAAUGCGGCAGCACUUAGUGAACUGUCUGGAGUCAGGUGUUUUGCCGAUGUUCCCCUCUGAAUAA